UGCCCCCUGACCCGCCAUCAUUAACCUUGUAACCCUUUGGUCAUGGUCAUCAUGUUCUUUCUGGUGGUUUUAUUGUUAGUUUUAGCAAGUUCUUGUACGGGACAGCACGGGGAAUAUUGUCACGGGUGGGCUGAUGUCCAGGGAAGCUGGCACCCCGGUUUUCAAUGCCCGGAGCGUUAUGACCCAGGCGAAGCCACUUUCUGCUGUGGCUCUUGCAGCCUCCGCUACUGCUGCUCGACAAUCGAGGCUCGCUUGGACCAAGGACUGUGCCCUAGUGAGGAAGAGUUAGAUGUGCCCGGCGUGGAGCUGCCACCCUCAGUACCCACCUACUUCCCUUUCCUACUGGUUGGCAGCGUGUUUGUCAGUUUUGUAAUCACCGGAUCCCUAGUGGGACUUUGCUGCUGUAAAUGUCUAAAGCCUGAUGAUACCCAAGGAAGUGGGCCUUUACCUAUUCAAAGCCGCCUUUUGGAUGUAGAACCAUCCACAGACCUAUCAAGGCACUCCAGUUCCAGCUCAAACUCUGUCAUCAGGACAUCUUUAGGAAACCGCCCUCAGAACCUGUGUACACAUGGAGCAGAAAAUGUAAACCUUUACAUGAACAUGCAAUCAGCAUAUCCUAUGAUGGGCUGCCCACAGAAUGGACAGUUUGUGCACCCUGCUGGGACAGCAUAUUUGCAGCCUCCCUUCAUGAAUUACACCAUGCAAGGUGAGCACACAAUAAUUAUGACCCCUGCAUCAUACAUUGAUGCCAGAAGCUGCUAUGGACAAUCAUCCAAUAUAUAUCCCACAUUGGCCCCACAAAAUGACCAAACCAUGUAUCAUGGGACUUCUAAAAUAAUCAGUUCUUCAGUCGGAAAUAAUGGAGACUGAGAAGAACAUAUAGACUUAUCUUGGACAUUUUAGCCUUUGGCUUGGCAACAAUUUACCCUAAAGGGUCAAAACUGAUUUUAACUUUAUAUCAAAGGGACAAUUAACUACAACUGUGACAGUUGUGAGGGACAAUUUGUAUAUAUUGACUACAACAGACUUUGGGUGCAUCUAAAAAUGUGCACUACCUCUUCUUCUUUUUUUUUUUUUUUUUUUUUUUUUCCCUAUACUGCAAAACUUUUUAUACAUAAAACCAAAUCCGGUUUUAGUUUGUGUAUUAAUAUUCAACAAGAUCAUCUUUUUAAGUGGUUCUGUUAUAUAUUUACAAAGAUGUGGGGGCGGGGGUCUUUCUUACCAGUAUACAUGACGUGGCACCAAUUUAUUUAUUUUUAAAAAUACACCAUCUUAUAAAUUAUAGUACUGCCUCCAUUUUUUUAUUUUUUUUUAUUAUCAGUUUUGCUAAAGUAGUGCAAUUCUCUCAGUGUAUAAAACUAACCGGUUUUAAAAUUUGGUGCUGUGUUUUUUGUUUUUGUUUUGUUUUUUCUUCCGCCAUUUUAAUUUCUUGACAAAAGAAGCUAUAAUGACUUUGUGCACCUGCUGCAUGUUCUUUUACUUUGACUUUUAAGCUAACAGCUUGGUCUUCGCUUUAUGUUGCUAAAUGCAUUUAGUUACCAAUGCCACUGUAAACUUGUAUUUGAGCAUAAUUUAUUGUUAUUAGACAUUGUAUUCUUGUAAAAGAAAAUAAUGUAUACAUGCUUCUGGAAUAGGAGCGUUCUGUCUUUGCCUUAAAGUUUAAUGCACUUUAAUUCUGUAUAA